AUGCCAUUAAAAUCAAAAAAAAAAAUCAAACAAUGCGACCCAUUUUUCAAGGGUGAGGUUUUAGGUGAUAAAACCUCAAGAGAUAAAAUUUUUAAAGAAAAAAAAUCAAAUUCAAUUCCUAAAUCUUUACGAACAUUAAUGGAGGGUAGGGAAUUAAUCAAAACAAUUGAAAAUAAAAGAAAAUUAAGAGAACAACAAGAAAAAAAAGUACAACAAAAUAAAUCAGCAGUUAAAACAACAACCACAACUACAAUUACAACAACUACAGCAGCUACCGCCCCCACAACUGCAACUACUACAGCAACAAACAAUACCACUGCACCAAUCACCACAACAAAUAAACCAAUAAAUAAAAAAAUUAAAAAAGAAAAUUUAAAAGAAUUAGACAAUAUAAAUGUAGAUAUUAAAGAGGAUUUAAAAAAAUUAAACAGUUUGUAUUAUCAAAAAUCAAAAGAGGAUGUUCCAGACGGUGUUAAAGAAGAAGACGAUAUUUUAAAGACCAACCUAAAGAAACACAAGGGUGAAGAUCACAGAGCCUAUUUAGAAAGAAUCAAUAAAGAAAUUGCAAUCAAAACUAAAAAGAACUCAUCAACCUAUCAAAAGAGAAAAGAAUACUUUGAUGAAAAGAAACUAAAAGAGAAAUUAAAGAAGCAAGGUAUCCGUUAUUCAGAUUACUUGGAGCAACAAAAGAGAGAGGAGGAAAAGAGAAAAGAAGAGGAAGAGGACGCAUCCAACCACGGUAGAAAGAAAAAAAGACGUACAGUCGAUGACUUUGAUGAAUUAAAAGACAAUAUUAAAUUUAACGAACAAAUUGAAAGACCACCACUCGAGUUACCAACUUUAAAAGAUUUUACAAAUAAAAAGAGAAUGGAGCCUGUCGACUCUGCUAAAAGAAAUUAUUUAUGGCAAGAUGAAAUCAAAUCAAACAGCUCCAAUAAAAACAAUCAAUUAUUAUCAUCAAAUCAAUUAGAGGAAGAGGAAAAAAAGAGAAAGCAACCAAAUAAAAAACAAAACAAUACCAAUAACACCAAGUUUGACGAAGAGCAAGAAUUAUUAAAAAGAAAUUUAGAAUUACUCAAACAAAAAACUUUAGACAACUAUAAGCAAUCUAAAAAUAGAAAACAACAACUUGUCAAAAUCAAUAAAGAAAAAGAAAAAGAGGAUGGCAAACAACCUAAACAAGUUUCAAAUAAUUCUAAACAAUUUUAUCUUUAA